AUGUUUCACUUCCUCUCACUCAUUGCGUCCGGCCUGUACGUCAUUGGCCUCUCGGACGCCGCGUGCAAUGCGUCCACGUACUCGCUCAGCCCGUUCGCGGGCGCUGGCACCAAAGGCUUUGCCGACGGCCCGCGCCUCUCCGCGCUUUUCGCCGAGCCGCAGGGCCUCGCGUUCGACGGCCACGAUCUCUUUGUCGCCGACACGAGCAGCAACCGCCUUCGCCGCGUCUCGGCCACCGACGUCUCGACGCUGCCCGGUGUGCUGCGGCAGCCGCGCAGCGUCACGACCGAUGCGCGGUACGGCGUCGUCUGGACCUCGCCGGCACGCUCGGCCUCGGGCCGGGGUUUCGCCGACGGCCCCGCAGCGUCGGCGCAGUUUCACAACCCGUCGGGCGUCGCCGUCGCGCGCGACGGUGCCAUCUACGUGGCCGACUCGUCCAACAACCGCAUCCGCAAGCUCUCGGCCGACCGCGCGACGGUGACCACGGUCGCCGGCAGCGCGACGUCGGGUGACGACGACGGCGACGACGCGACGUUCAACGUCCCGAUUGGCCUCGUGCUGCACCGGGACGCGCUGUACAUUACAGACCUCAACAAUCACGCGCUCCGCCGGCUCGACCUCUCGACCAACGAGAUCUCGACGCUCGACUUCGACGCGGAGCUACAGUACCCGCACGGUGUUGCGCGCGACCGCUGCGGCAACUUGUACGUGGCCGACACGUACAACGACCGCGUCCUCAAGAUCGACCCGGUCUCGGGCGCCGUCGUCGUGCUCGGCGACGUCGAGCGCCCGGUUGGCGUCGCCGUCAACGCUAAGGACGGCAGCGUCUAUGUGUCAAGUCCGUCGCUGCAGCAAAUCCUGCGCUUCGCGCCGUCCGCGUAAAUGUGUUGUACAUUUUAUGUUAUGAAUAUAAACGGAGAUACAUUGA